AUGAAGCAGAAGUCGGGGAUCACAUUGCCCAGAUAUUCCACCAGACACAUUCCUGAGGAGAGUAUCAAGGAACAACUUGGGGAGAGAGCGCAGAGCUGGCUCCAGUGGGUCCAGGGGAGCCAGGGCGAGGCGGCGCCGGUGCUCGCUCGCGUCCGGGGACACUCGGGAGGAGCCGGUGCUGAGCGCACCGCCUUGGGCCCUGGGGAUUGGUUGAGGCGCCCCGGAGGGGAUCCCCGGAGACUCCUGGGACCCUGUUACACUCCUCCCUGUCCUUGGACGCGCGGGAAGAGGGGGCUGGCAGCAGGCUACCGUGGAGCUGGACUCAGAGGAAGGCCGCCCGUACUCGGGGAAGCUGUUUCGGAGGCUAGCGGUGGGCCCCUGGGGCUCGGAGCGGAGCGCUUCCUGGCGGUGCCGGUGCGCACUGACGCCCAGGGACGCUUGGUGUCCCACGUGGUGUCAGCGGCAACGACCGGAGCGGGGGUACGAGCUCGCAGGGCCGCCCCUGUCCAAACCUCCGGCUUCCCAGGAGGCAGUGAGGAAGACCCUAGCGACCGCUUGUUCUACAAUGUCACGGUCUUUGGCCGAGACCUGCACCUGCGGCUGCGGCCCAAUGCCCGCCUCGUGGCUCCCGGGGCUACUGUGGAGUGGCAGGGUGAGACGGGUGCAACCCGAGUGGAACCCCUGCUUGGGACCUGCCUAUACGUUGGCGACGUGGCCGGCUUAGCUGAAGCCUCCUCAGUGGCGCUCAGUAACUGCGAUGGACUGGCUGGUUUAAUCCGGACGGAGGAGGAGGAAUUCUUCAUCGAGCCUCUGGAGAAAGGGCUGGUGGCGCAGGAGGCUGAGCAUGGCAGAGUGCACGUGGUAUAUCGCCGACCGCCCACCCCUAAAACCCCUCUUCUGGAGGGUCCACAGGCCUUGGACACAGGGGCCUCCCUGGGCAACUUGGAUAGCCUCAGCCAAGCGCUGGGCAUCUUGGAGGAGCAGGUCAACAGCUCCAGGAGGAGGGCGCGAAGACACGCUGCCGAUGACGACUACAACAUUGAAGUCCUGCUGGGUGUGGACGACUCCGUGGUUCAGUUCCACGGGAAGGAGCACGUGCAGAAGUACCUGCUGACGCUCAUGAACAUCGUCAACGAAAUCUAUCAUGACGAGUCCCUGGGGGCCCACAUCAAUGUUGUCCUGGUACGGAUUAUUCUGCUGAGCUAUGGGAAGUCCAUGAGCCUCAUUGAGAUUGGGAACCCCUCUCAGAGCCUGGAGAACGUCUGCCGCUGGGCAUACCUGCAGCAGAAGCCAGACACAGGCCAUGAUGAGUAUCACGAUCACGCCAUCUUCCUCACUCGGCAGGACUUUGGACCAUCAGGCAUGCAAGGCUAUGCUCCUGUCACCGGGAUGUGCCACCCCGUCCGCAGCUGUACCCUGAACCAUGAGGACGGCUUCUCCUCAGCAUUUGUGGUGGCCCAUGAGACUGGCCACGUGCUGGGCAUGGAACACGAUGGUCAGGGCAACCGCUGUGGCGACGAGGUGCGACUGGGUAGCAUCAUGGCACCCCUGGUACAGGCUGCCUUCCACCGCUUCCACUGGUCCCGCUGCAGCCAGCAGGAGCUCAGCCGCUACCUGCACUCCUAUGACUGCCUGCGUGAUGACCCCUUCGCCCAUGACUGGCCAGCCCUGCCCCAGCUCCCAGGGCUGCAUUAUUCCAUGAAUGAGCAGUGCCGCUUUGACUUCGGCCUGGGCUACAUGAUGUGCACCGCGUUCCGCACCUUCGAUCCCUGCAAACAGCUUUGGUGCAGCCACCCUGACAAUCCCUAUUUUUGCAAGACCAAGAAGGGACCCCCUCUGGAUGGGACUAUGUGUGCACCUGGCAAGCAUUGCUUUAAAGGACAUUGCAUCUGGCUGACACCUGACAUCCUCAAACGGGACGGCAACUGGGGUGCCUGGACUCCAUUCGGCUCCUGCUCUCGUACCUGUGGCACCGGUGUGAGGUUCAGGACUCGCCAGUGUGACAACCCACACCCAGCCAAUGGGGGACGUACCUGCUCUGGCCUAGCCUAUGACUUCCAGCUCUGCGGCACCCAAGACUGCCCUGACUCCCUGGCUGACUUCCGGGAGGAGCAGUGCCGGCAGUGGGACCUGUACUUUGAGCACGGAGAUGGCCAGCACCACUGGCUGCCCCACGAACACCGGGAUGCCAAGGAGAGAUGCAACCUCUACUGUGAGUCCAAGGAGACUGGGGAGGUGGUGUCCAUGAAACGCAUGGUGCAUGACGGGACACGCUGCUCCUACAAGGAUGCCUUCAGCCUCUGUGUGCGUGGGGACUGCAAGAAGGUGGGUUGUGAUGGGGUGAUUGGCUCCAGCAAACAAGAGGACAAGUGUGGCGUGUGUGGAGGUGACAACACUCACUGCAAAGUGGUCAAGGGUACUUUUACGCGCUCACCCAAAAAGCAAGGUUACAUCAAGAUGUUUGAGAUCCCUCCUGGGGCCAGGCACCUACUCAUCCAAGAGGCAGACGGCACUGAGCACCAUCUGGCCGUCAAGAAUGUGGAAACCGGCAAGUUCAUCCUAAAUGAAGAGAACCACCUGGACCCCAAUUCCAGAUCCUUCAUUGCCAUGGGCGUGGAGUGGGAGUACAGGGACGAGGAUGGCAGGGAGACGCUGCAGACCAUGGGCCCCCUCCACGGGACCAUCGCUGUGCUGGUUAUCCCAGAGGGAGAUGCCCGGAUCUCACUGACAUACAAAUACAUGAUCCAUGAAGACUCACUCAACGUUGAUGACAACAAUGUCCUUGAAGAUGACUCCGUGAGCCAUGAAUGGGCCCUGAAGAAGUGGUCUCCCUGCUCCAAGCCCUGUGGCGGAGGGUCCCAGUUCACCAAGUAUGGCUGCCGCAGGAAGCUGGACCACAAAAUGGUGCACCGUGCCUUCUGCAACUCCCUGGCGAAGCCCAAAGCCAUCCGCCGGACUUGCAACCCACAGGAGUGCUCCCAGCCUGUGUGGGUCACAGGAGAGUGGGAGCCUUGCAGUCACAGCUGUGGGCGCACGGGCAUGCAGGUGCGCUCUGUGCGCUGCGUCCAGCCACUUCAUGACAAUACCACCCGCUCCGUGCACACCAAGCACUGCAAUGACAACCGGCCAGAGAGCCGUCGGGCCUGCAGUCGUGAGCUCUGCCCUGGUCGGUGGCGGGCUGGGCCUUGGUCCCAGUGCUCAGUGACCUGUGGCAAUGGCACCCAGGAGCGACCAGUGCUCUGCCGAACUGUGGAUGACAGCUUUGGUAUCUGCCUGGAGGAGCGGCCUGAGACAGCAAGGAUAUGCAGGCUUGGCCCCUGUCCUCGGAACAUCUCUGAUCCCUCCAAGAAGAGCUACGUGGUUCAGUGGCUGUCCCGCCCAGACCCCGACUCACCCACCCAGAAGAUCUCGUCAAAGGGCCACUGCCAAGGCGACAAGUCAAUGUUCUGUAGGAUGGAAGUCUUGUCUCGCUAUUGUUCCAUCCCAGGCUACAACAAACUCUGCUGCAAGUCCUGCAACCUACGGGACAACCUCACCGACCCGGACGCUGGGGCAGAGCCGCCGCCUGGGAAGCACAACGACAUUGAUGUGUUCAUGCCUACCCUCCCGGGGCCCACCCUAGCCACAGAGGUGCAGCCGUCACCAGGGACCCCCUUGGGUGUUCCUCUCAAUGUCUCCAGCACAAAUGCCACUGAGGAUCACCCAGAAACAAAUGCCGUAGAUGUACCCUACAAAAUCCACGGCCUGGAUGAAGAAGUCCAGCCCCCCAACCUCAUCCCUCGACGACCGAUCCCAUAUGAAAGGACCAGGAACCAAAGAAUUCAGCAGCUCAUUGACGCAAUACGGAAGAAAGGGACACUCGGGAAGUUCUAAUAAAAUGGAAAGAUAGCAUCA